GGCGCGGCGAUGGAGGUGGGGACGAUGGAGGUGGACGAGCUGGCACAGCGCAUGGUGGCGCUCCUGGGCUCACGGCAGUUUGAGACGUGUCUCGUGGUAAUGGAGGAGAGUGAGAGGGAAAUUUGCGAGGCUGCUGUGCAGCAUUGGUCGGAUUCGAGGGGCUGGACCCUAUUGCACAAAGCCUGCGCGAUCAGUGGGGCAGCUUUCAUCAUCCAACGGCUUCUCGACCUUGGUGCCGAUUUUAGUGCUCAAACCGAGCGUGAGCGAACACCACUUCACGUGGCUUGCAGCACUGGACAAUAUGAAACGGCUCAACUCUUGCUGGAUUGCGGAGCGGACCUUCAUGUUUUAGACGAUUGGGGUUCACCUUUGCACACUGCCAGUGCACACGGGCAUGUGGCACUCGUUGGCUUGCUCCUUGCUCGAGGCGCAGCUGUAAACGAGCGCGACAAGGUCAGAGGAGUGCCGAAGCCAUGCAAACCCGAUGCAAUCGGCAGCUUGUCAAUGUGGAGCAGUGGGCAGCAGAAGACGCCUAUUUGCUUGGGGGUAGGCUGCUCAGGUUUGAGCCUCAUGCGGUGCAUGGAGGUCUACAGGACGGUUUUUGUGCCUUGCACCACGCUUGCUUCCACGAUCAUCUGGCUGUUGUGGCAUGCCUCCUUGAAGCUGGCGCAGAAGUUGAUGCUCCAGAUCAGUUGGGUCGCACAGCGCUUCUUUUCGCGUGUCGAGCCCGAAGCUGGGAUAUUGUCCGCGUUCUUCUGGCCCAUCAGGCGGAUGUCGAUCGGGAAGACGAGCGUGCGUUUACGCCCAUCAAUACUCUCUUGCGCUCGGUGCAGGAGGUGGAUGCAACAAUAUCUGCCGUCCUGUACGAGCUGCUUCAGCGCAGUCGCUGUAUGACAGAAUACGGCUCAUCAGUUGCUGCGGUCGCCGAUGACUUGAGACGGAUACGCCACAAUAUCUCCGCGCGCCGAACGGCUGUCCUAGUCAGCGUUGGGUGGCGGCAAACAAUGGCCCUCUUUGACCACGGUGUUUUGUGCAGCCUUCCAGAAAUACAAUGUCAACUCAGGCACUAGAGUUGAUGCUGGGUCGACGUCGUAGCCGUGAGCAUCGAUCUCUGCGCAAUUCUCGGGCGACUUGUUUUGUUCCCUUGAUGGUGUGAAUGCUGCGCUGUGAGUUUUUUCCAAUCGAUAAUCAGAUUUC